AUGGGUGAAGAAGGAUCAAAAACAACUCGCUUGACCUCACGGUUCGCGAGAGAGGAUAUCGCAUUCCUUGACGCCGGAUUGGGGACGACUCUGGAAGACGUUCUCCACAAGAAUAUCUCUCACCCACUUUGGUCUGCUCAUCUAAUGACACCAUCCCGACGCCAUUGUCGAGGCGCAUCUUGCAUUUCUCAGAGCUGGGUCUUCAGUGAUCCUUACCGCAACAUAUCAGUCUAUUACACACAAAGCAAUUGCUCUGGCUGUUCGAGCUCGCGAGAUAUACAUGAAUAUCACAUCCCCAGACACUCUCAAACCUCAGUCGCUCUCUCCUUGGGACCUUUUGGAGCCACACUUUCCCCUGCUGCCGAAUUUUCUGGCAUUUAUCCACCUCCAUACGGACCGCCCCAGCCAGUUACAUUCUUCACUGGCGAACAAGCCUUGGAGGACGAACAAAAGGCCGAAAAUGCCCUGCUUAAGUUCCAUCUCGAGCGGAUUUCCAUGUUAGCAUCGACCAAGGAAACCUGGGACGCCAUUGAUAUUAUUGCGUUUGAAACGGUCCCACUCUUGCGCGAGGCAAGGGCCAUUCGGCGGGCCAUGACAGCAUUUGCUUCAGCAAAUCCAUCUCUACGAAUCCCACCCUGGUGGAUCAGCUUCAAUUUCCCAGAUGGUGUCCUCCCUGAGCAAACCUCUCAAGGAAAGAAUUACACUGCAGGAGACGCUGUGAGUGCCUGUUUCGCGCAGCAUCAAGCCGAUUCAACCGCUAUUCCAGACGCUUUUGGCAUAAAUUGUACGCAGGUUAGGUACCUACACGAAUGCGUGUCUCUUGCGUCGGACGCUCUUCAGACCGUAAAGCAGAACCCGUAUUCCAAGAGCAGACCCUCAGUCCUGGAUCCUCGAAACCUGCCCUCUAAAUCCGGACCCACGCUCGUUGUGUAUCCAAACGGUGGGCGUAUAUACGACCCCAAUACCAUGACAUGGCUCCCUGCUGCAUCAGAAUCCUCCGAAACCAAGGGACUCUCCGAAUCCGAUGCGUGGGCCAUUGGUCUUGUCGACGUAUUACAAGGUGCGGUGCCAGAGGACUCUGGCUGGAGCGGCCUCUUGAUUGGUGGCUGCUGCAAGACUGAGCCAGAGCACGUAUCUGCUCUAAGAAAAUUAUUGUAA